AUGUUUAAACUUUCAUGUCUUGCGUGCAUUGCUUCAUUGCUUGCUCAGUUUCAGCUAGCUUCUGCGAAGUCGAUUUAUGGCAACCUUACAUCAGAUGAUGUUGCCUAUGUGUAUUCUGGUCAGUUCAAGAUUAUGCUUCAACCACUUGAAUCUAUUGUUCAUAGUUAUGAGUACUUGAUAGGAAAUCUCACUGACACGAUUGAUGAGUAUGAUUCUGUCCCGACAGAUUUCAACACAACUUUGGAAAAUAUCGUUGCGAACUCCACUGCUUACUUAAAUAAUCUUCCAUCAGUGUUUGAAAAUUUGAAGGAAAAUCUUAUUGAGGAUAAGGAUUACCUUCUUCAGGAAACAUCUGAUGAGUCUAUGGUUGCAAACGCUUCUUUGGGACGUUGGCUAUUUUACAACCAUUGGUGUUUUACUAUAUUUUAUAGUAAAGCUAGUGCUAAUUUAACAAAUACUGAUUCUGCUGUUGAUGAACUUUUAUCAUAUGAUGGUUCAUACAGUAAUUCAAACUCUAGUGGCGCCACAACUGAAGCACAAAUAUCUACAAUAGAAGGUGAGAGUACGACUACGUCCGAAAUUUCUAGUACUGAAGAUACAACUUCCGAGCAGACGAGUUCUAGUUCCACCACAAAUUCUGGCAAAACGGCUACAGCAACUUCGAGCUAUACAGUUGGCUUUAAGAGAUUGCUUCAGAGAAGAGAUGUCGAUGAUGAUGACUUUGGUGAUUGGGCUAUGUCAUCUUUAGAAACUGUAGCAUCUCCAAUCAUCACUCUUAUUGAGAAUUACGAAGAGCUUGUGAAAGACAUUAUUAAGGUGUUGAACAAGAAAGGAACACUUACGGAUGAUGAUUUGACUGCUUUGAGUAAUGUUAUUACUUAUACAGAAGACAUCAUAAAUAACGUGGUUCCAGCAGCCGCAACGUAUUUGGGUGAUGCAUUGAUAUAUGACAAUAAUAUAACUGUGAAUUACCAGACAAUGAUUUUAGCAAACUUCACUACUCUUAAAGCUAAUUCAGUUUCUCAGUUGGCUACCUACCUAACCUACUAUACAGAUGAUGGCAGCUUUAGCACUGCAUAUACCACUCUUCUUGCUGAAAUUACUACGACAACUUCUAGUUCAUCCACAACAUCUAGUUCAUCCACAGCAUCAAGUUCAUCCGCAUCCUCCACUUCUACUUCAUCUACUACUUCAACAAUUACAACAACAAUAGUUUCUGGAAGUUCGACGGUAACAACAUCAUCUAGAAUAACAUCAAGCUCUUCUUCUUCCUCGAACUCGGCAGUAACUGGAGCUUCAUCAAAUGGUCAAUUAACUUCAUCAAGCUCUACUUUACAUUCAUGGGUUGUUUCAAAUACUUCUUCAACAUCCACUUCAAACGGCUUGAGUACAACGAUUACUGGAAGUACUUUGGCAUAUUCUUCAUCUGGAAUUAAUACCCAAAAAGUUACACAGACAUCUUCUACAGGAAAUACAAAUGUUGCUUCUUCAUCUUUUUCAGUUAAGACCACGGGAUAUAUUGCUUCUACAAUUACCGGUAGUGAGGGAGAAUCUGGACAGAACGGAAUUGCUACCACAGUUAUUACAGUUACUACAUGUAGUGAUCAUGUCUGCUCAAAAGUUCCUGUUACGACAGGAUUAUCGUCCUACACAUCAAAUGUUAAUGGUGUUCUUACUGUCUACACUACGUUCUGUCCAUUAACUGGCACACAUACAAGCACUAAUGCAAGUGGUGGCUCUGGUUCAGGUUCAUCUAGUACUGUUUCUGCAUCAGAGAUCGAGCAACUAAAUUCACCAAGUGGAGUGAGUGGAGAGUCUCAGACAUUUUCAAAUGGAGCAGUUAGUCGUACUUCAAGUGCGGAGGCUUCUGAAAAGACCUUACAAACAUCAUCCCAAGCAACUGUCGCUGCCGUUAAUCCAUCUCUCGGUGUUUCGACUUAUGAAGAAAAAGCAGCUAGGCUUCAGCAUGGAACGGGCUUGCUUUUAUUUAUAUUCGCCGCUGCACUUCUAUAA